CGAGAAUGCAACUACAAGCUCGAGCAGAUUUUGCUGGUUUGUCCGGCAUUGCUACUUCGGCCGCUACCAACUCCGGUUCUCCGCCAGGUCCACGGUCACCUGCAUCGCGAUCUCCGGUUGCUGCUCCACGCUCACCAGCUCCUCCAGCCUCUCCCGCACCCGCGCAGAAGUCCCUCAUCACGUACGCGGCCCCGAUCGACGUGUUCGUCGCUGCGGGCACGUCUGCGACGAGCUACCCCACUCUGUCG